AUGGUGACCCUUCAAAGUUCUUUCUUCGGUAGCGGUGUUGAAGUUCCAGAUCUUGAGCGUGAGGUCGUCGGAACAGCUAACAAACUUGGAGUCGUUUGGAGAAAACACAAUGUCCUGAAUAGCGUUGUCAUGGGCCUUUGGAAGAAUAUUAACGUUGUUGAAAUUUGGCUGCCAGAACUUGACGCAUCCAAUCUGGUCUGCGCUCAAAAGCCAGUCGCCGUUGUGGCUGUACUGAAGAGCGAAAAUGGGCGAAUCAUGGGCCUGCAUGAUGGACUCGAAGUUGAAUGUCAAACCGUUCCAAAUGGUGAAUUCUCCAGAAUGGGACGAGAUGAGCACUCUGCGCGCGUCGGGCACUCCUUGCGCGGUCCUGCCCAGUCGAUAAGCUCGCUGGAACCGCUUCUUGUGGAGUCCAACAAGUUCCGCAGACAGUCGCGCAGCAGUGCCGGGCUGGUUCCGGAAAUGCGCAGUCUGCGCAGCAUGCACGAGUACUCGUUCUCUUAUGUUAAGAUCGUGUUUGUUGUUGUUUUGUUUGUCACGUCGUUGAUCUCGUUUGUCACCCAGACAGAAACCACCGCAUACCUCUACACAGAGCUCAAGUUUAGCGAGCCGAUUCUUUUGUUGCUGAUCACCCAUGGAUCCUGGUGGCUGCUGUGGCCGCUGCAGUUCUCGGGAAUCGCGCUCUACAAAACAUUCAGACGGUAUCUGCGUCACAAAAACGGCUACAUAGAUCCUCACGGUAAGAAAUGGAAAGGUUUCAGAAGAGCGUUCACCAGCUCUGUUAAGACCCAGCACAAGAACAUUUUCCAUAGUGCCGAGCUCACAAUCCGCAUGAAUCGCAAAGAUUACGAAAAAGAGUUCGGUUCCAAGAGCUUUAAGCAUUUCCCGCAGUUUUUCAAAAGCCAGGCUAUCAAAUACAUCUUCAAAUCCACACUGAUUCUGUCUGUGAUUUUGAACGCGGCCGGAAUCACCUGGUACAUAGCCAUGGGGAUGUCUACGGGAUCUGAUGUGACGGCCAUCUACAACUGCAGCGCGUUCACAGCGUACAUGUUUGCUAUUCCUAUUCUGGGAGAAAAAUUGUCGCUUGUUAAGCUUAGCUCUGUGGUGACUGCCAUCGCGGGAGUGAUGGUCGUGGCGUAUUCGGGAAAGAACCAGAACCUCGGAACGUACCCCCACCGGUUACAGGGAGACGUGAUCAUCCUGAUGGGUGCGAUUUUGUACGGUCUUUACGAGGUGCUGUACAAAAAAAUGUGCUGUCCACCGUCGAACGAGGUGAGCGCAAGACGCCAGGCCACGUUCUCGAACUUUUCAAUGUGCCUGAUCGGCAUCAACACCGUGUUUGUGGUGAUCGUGCCGAUGGCGGUGGUGCAGAUUCUGGGCUGGCACAGGUUCCAGUUCCCAACGUCCAGCAAACAGUGGCUGUACAUCUUCCUGUCAACGUUCUCGAACCUGAUCUUCAGCGUCUCGUUUCUGGCCUUGAUGGCGCUCACGUCGCCGGUGUUCUCGUCGGUGGCCUCGCUCGUGACGAUCCUGAUCGUUGGUCUCGUGGAAUGGUUCCUGUGGGGAAUAGCCAUCAGUGUGUCGCAGAUGCUUGGAUACCUGCUCGUUGUGGCGGGCUUUGGCCUGCUCACCUACGCCUCAUGGAGCGAGAUCAGCGAGGAGGAUACCGCGGACGAGCUCAUCGACACAGACACAGAGUCUGUCGUGAGCACCAACUAG